GCAGCCAUUUAUAAGACGUUCACUGUCCUGUCAACAAUAUCCCAGCAGAAUGAAGUUCUUAGGAACUUGUCUGCUCUGUCUCUGGUAUACUGAAAAUGUUUUGGGCAAAAACAGAAAAUACUUCAUUGGAAUUCAGGAAAUAAAUUGGGAUUAUGCUCCCAGCGGCAAGAAUAUCAUUUCUGGAAAAUCUAUAGCUGAUGAUGAACAUGCCAGCACCUAUCUACAACGAGGCUCCAACAAAGUAGGCAAAAUCUAUAGGAAAGUUGCUUACCGUGAAUAUACCAAUGACUCAUAUGUGGAAGAAAUCCAAAAGCCGGCCUGGCUGGGAUAUUUGGGCCCGAUCAUAAAAGCUGAAGUUGGUGACACGUUGACUGUUCACUUAAAAAAUUUGGCAUCCAGAGCUUACUCCAUGCAUCCACAUGGAGUGCAAUACACAAAGGAAAAUGAAGGAGCCUUAUAUCCAGAUAAUACUUCCGGGGCACAAAAGAAAGAUGAUUUCGUAGAGCCAGGUGAAUCGUAUACUUACCAAUGGGAGGUUGUCGCUGACCAAGGUCCAUCUGUAAUGGAUGAUAAUUGUGUUGUCAGACUUUAUCACUCACAUGUGGAUUCUACAAGAGACAUUUAUUCCGGACUUGUUGGACCCUUAAUUAUCUGCAAAGAAGGUGUCCUAAAUGCUAAGGAGCAGAGGGAAAGACAGAAGGAAUUUAUUUUAAUGUUUUCUGUGGUGGAUGAAAACUCAAGUUGGUAUCUGGAUGAAAAUAUCAAUACUUACUGCACUGAUCCUGCCUCUGUUGAUAAAGAAGAUGAAGACUUUAUAGAAAGCAAUAAAAUGCACUCUAUCAAUGGCUACAUGUAUGGGAACCUCCCAGGUCUCUCCAUGUGCGAUAACACAGAAGUCGUGUGGUAUAUGAUCGGGACAGGAAAUGAAGUAGAUAUUCAUUCAGUGAACUUCCAUGGUCAGGUAUUAACAUAUCAGCAUUAUCGUGUGGAUACUCUUAAUGUUUUUCCGGCAACAAUGAUUCAAGCCACAAUGUCACCUAAGAACCCUGGAAAGUGGCUCCUCAGCUGUCAAGUUACUGACCAUUGGGAAGGUGGAAUGCAGGCAAUUUUUGAAGUAGAAAACUGUACAGGACAAACAAGUUGCAGCUUUAGCUCAAAUGUAAGACAGUAUUAUAUUGCUGCUGAGGAGGUCAUCUGGAAUUAUGCGCCAACAGCAAUAAACAAGUUCAAUGGACAACAGUUGGAUGAUCCUGGGAGCGAAUCAGCAACAUUUUUCACACAAAAUAAAAACAGAAUUGGAGGAUCCUAUAAGAAAGCAGUUUAUGUAGAAUAUACAGAUGCAACUUUUACUAAAAAAAAAGAAAGAACCAAGGAGGAAGAACAUCUUGGACUCCUGGGACCCGUUAUUUCGGCAGAAGUUGGAGAUACAAUAAAAGUUACUUUUAGGAACAAUGCAAGCCGCCCCUACAGUAUCCAGGCCCAUGGAGUGAGCUAUAUGAAAUCUAUGGAAGGUGCAGUCUACGAAACAGGCAACGUCUCUAAAGCGAAUCUUACAACCACAGAAUCAGAUCAAAAGUCUCAGGCUUCCCAUGUAGAGCCAGGAGAUACCUUCACAUAUGAAUGGCACGUACCAUACAGAGUGGGACCAACCCUUGAUGACCUAAACUGCAUACCAUGGCUGUACUACUCAUCGGUUGAUGUGGUCCGAGAUCCUUAUUCUGGGCUUGUGGGUCCUUUGUUAGUAUGUAUGAGCCUGAAUGAUGGCAAACCGGUGGAUGUUGACCAUAAUUUCUUUAUAAUGGCAAAUGUAUUUGAUGAGAAUAAGAGCUGGUAUUUGGAUGACAAUAUUGAGAAAUUUGCAGGCAACCCUCAAACUGUGAACAAGGAGGAUCCCGAUUUUCAGGAGUCCAAUAUGAUGCAUUCAAUCAAUGGAUACAUGUACGGGAAUCAGCCCGGGCUAGAGAUGUGUAAAGGAGACUCAAUCCGUUGGCAUAUGCUGGGUCUAGGCAAUGAGGUUGAUAUGCAUGGAAUACACUUUACAGGAAAUACCUUUCAGAUCCAUGAAACCACAAGGGAUGUAGCAAGCUUAUUUCCACACAUCUCAUACUCGGUAACAAUGACCCCCGACAAUGAAGGUGUUUUCAAUGUGGAAUGUUUGACCGCAGAUCACUACACAAGUGGAAUGAGACAGCACUACACGGUUCAGUCAUGUGACCAGCAAAAUUCUACAUUCCAAUAUUCCCGUAAUGUCUCAUAUUACAUUGCAGCUGAAGAGGUGGAAUGGGAUUAUUCUCCCAACCGCACCUGGGAGCAUUUGUGGCAUCAAAACAGCUCUGGAGAUACAUUUUUAAACAGGAGCCAAACAACUAUUGGUUCAAAGUAUAAGAAAGCUGUGUAUCGAGAAUAUACUGAUGGAACAUUUACAGUAAGAAAGGAAAGAACUGAGACCCAGGAACAUCUGGGACUUCUAGGUCCUCUCCUAACAGCAAAUAUUGGUGAUAGAAUUGAGAUUGUAUUUAAAAACAUGGCAAGUAGACCGUACUCCAUCUAUGCACACGGUGUUAAACCAGAGGAUAAUGAUAUAAAACCUACCGAACCAGGGCAGGUACACACUUAUGUCUGGGAUGUUCUGGAACGUUCUGGGCCUAAUAUACAAGAGAAAUAUUGUCUAACUUGGGCUUACUACUCCAAUGUUGAUCAAGUAAAGGACAUAUACAGUGGAUUGAUUGGGCCCCUUGUUGUUUGCAAGAAAGGAUAUUUUCCACUUCAGAUGCUGAAGACACCAGUCGUGCGCUUCGCUCUCUUUUUUAUGGUGUUUGAUGAAAAUAAAUCUUGGUAUAUAGAUGAAAAUAUCCAAACAUAUUGCCUAAAUCCAGAGAGAGUGAACAAAACCAAUGAGGAAUUCAUUGAAAGCAACAAGAUGCACAGUAUCAAUGGGCUUAUGUAUGCCAACUUACAAGGCCUUACAAUGCAUGUCUGAGAUAAUAUAAACUGGCAUCUCAUUGCAAUGGGAAACGAAGUGGAUAUUCACACUGUGCAUUUCCAUGGACACAGCUUUAAGUAUAAGAGAGGGGCGGUUUAUCAAACUGAUGUAUUUGAGACUUUUCCUGGAACAUUUCAAACUGUUGCGAUGAUAGCAAAAAACCCAGGAACAUGGUUCCUGCACUGUCAUGUGGAUGACCAUAUGGUGGCAGGAAUGGAGACCGUGUACACAGUACUAUUAUGAUUGGACAUGAAUGGUCUUUCUAACAGUUCUGAGCAUGAAAGAGAAGAAACACCUGAUGAACAGAAGACGAACCAUCACAAAAAUGAUAUGUAUUCACAAGAAAAUCAAUAAUAAAUAAU